AUGGCAGAACCAACUACUGACGAUUGGUUAGACAUUGCAGCCGGGUAUUUCGAGAAAACUCAAUUUCCAAAUUGCGCUGGCGCCGUAGACGGCAAACAUAUACGUUUGGAAUGUCCCAAAUACAGUGGGACAUUCUAUUAUAAUUACAAACAAUAUUUUUCACUCAUCCUGAUGGCAAUUUGUGAUUCUAAUUACUGUUUUAGAAUUAUAGAUGUGGGUUCCUACGGUAAGGAAAGUGACUGUAAUGUCUUCAAACAAUCAGUGUUUGGUAAAAAAUUAUACGGUUAUAAUUUCAAUUUGCCACCAAAAAUUUGUUUACCUGGUGAUGAUAAGGGUGUUCCUCUGCCUUAUGUUUUCGUUGCCGACGAAGCAUUUGCGUUACACCCAAAUUUAUUACGACAUUUCCCGGGUAGGUCGUUAAAUGACGACAGGAGGAUUUUUAAUUACAGGUUAUCAAGAGCUCGACAACAAAUAGAAUGUUCUUUUAGAAUAAUGUCGAAAAAAUGGAGAGUUUUUGAAACAAGUAUACUAGUUGAACCCAAUUUCACUGUCGCUGUGACAAAAGCAUGUUGUGUGCUAAACAAUUUUGUUCGACGUAGAGAUGGCAUCAACAAUGAUAAUAUCCAUAGUUGUACAAUGGACGAUUUAACAAAUGAAAGGGAUAAAUGGAAAUUCGUCAACAAAUGCCAAAGAAGUUAG